AUGCCCCGUAUUACGAUUGACUUGCCUGUGGUUUCCUCUUCUGCCGAUGACUGGCAUGCCCCCAAAGAUCUGUCCCUAGCCGACCCCACCUACAACAAGACCGGCGCUAUCGAUAUGCUGCUCGGAGCCGAGCACUUUUUCACCUACAUUAACCCUGGUACCCGAGUCGAAGAAGGUGAGAAUCCUGUCCUUGUCGAAAGCGUUUUCGGUUGGAUUGUGACCGGUAGAAACCAAAAGCCCAUCACAUUGCCCCCCGUAGCUUGCCACGUCUCACUUUCCGAUCCCCUCCAGGAAGCACUGGAACGCUUUUGGCGCAUCGAAGAAGUGGAAAAUCAACCAAGCUACUCCGUGGAAGAACAGCAGUGUGAAUCUCACUAUUCCUCCCACUUUUCUCGCACUCCCGAGGGGAGAUAUGUGGUCCGUCUGCCUCGCCAUCCGAACUUCGACCACAUGCUUGGUGAAUCUAAAUCCGCGGCCCUUCGUCGUUUUCAUUGCCUUGAGAAACGGCUGAGCAGAGAACCGCAUCUGAAAGAAGAAUACCACACCUUCCUGGAAGAGUAUCUUCUACUUGGCCACAUGAGACUUGUCCCACCAAGCGAACCAGAACCGCAACAGGUCCACUACUUACCUCACCAUGCUGUCCUAAAGGAGGCCAGUACUACCACGAAAGUCCGUGUGGUAUUUGAUGGAUCAGCCAAAACUUCCACCGGAUAUUCCCUUAAUGAUGCCCUCCAAGUUGGUCCGAUUGUUCAGGACGAAUUACUGACCCUCGUCCUCCGUUUCCGGAAAUAUCCCGUUGCCCUAGUAGCGGACAUUGCAAAAAUGUACCGGCAAGUUUUACUCCACCCUGACGAUACUCCACUGCAACGGAUUCUCUGGAGAUUUGAUCCAAACGACCCCAUCGAUACCUAUGAGUUGGCCACAGUUACUUACGGGCUGGCGCCAUCGUCAUUCCUGGCCACCCGUACCUUGCAGCAGCUGGCUACGGACGAGGGAGAUGCCCACCCACUUGGUAGACCGGUGCUCAAGAAGUGA